AAAUAUUUCUGUACAGGAACAGCCAAAAAAAAAUUCUUUUUGUGAGGAAUAUGAAAAAAAAAAAUAAUGGUUAAUAAUCAAUUAGAGUAUAAAUCAGUCUUAACGAUAAUCAUCAUAGAAUAAUAGCAUAAUGUCAACUAAAGUCGGAUCUAUAACGAAGAUAAAGAAGAGCAAAAAGACAGAUGUAAAGGAUUUGGCUGAAAAAAUCAAGAGAAAUGCGUUGUUGAAACAAAAGAAACAACAAGAAGAAGCCCAAUCAUCAUCAUCAUCAUCAUCAGAUAGUAAGAAAGAAGUUGAAACUGUUAAAGAAAUAGCCAUUACUCCUGAUGAUGAAUUGAAAUUCAAGACUUUUGCUCAAUUAAACUUGGUUCCUGAACUCAUGGAAUCUAUCCAACAAAUGAAAUAUACCAAACCAACUCCUAUUCAAUCGGAAGCUAUACCCUAUGCUUUAGAAGGGAAAGAUAUUAUUGGUUUAGCUGUUACUGGUUCCGGUAAAACUGCUGCUUUUGCUAUCCCUAUCUUACAAGCUUUAUGGGAAUCUCAAAGUCCAUAUUUCGGAUUAGUAUUGGCUCCUACUAGAGAAUUAGCUUAUCAAAUCAAAGAAACUUUCGAUGCGUUAGGUUCAUCAAUGGGAGUUAGAUCAGUUUGUAUUGUGGGUGGUAUGGAUAUGAUGGAUCAAGCUAGAGAUUUAAUGCGUAAACCUCAUAUUGUCGUUGCUACUCCCGGUAGAAUCAUGGAUCAUUUAGAACAUACCAAAGGGUUCUCGUUAAAGAGUUUACAAUAUUUAGUCAUGGAUGAAGCUGAUAGAUUAUUAGAUAUGGAUUUUGGACCUGCUUUAGAUAAGAUUUUAAAAAUCAUUCCAACUAAAAGAACAACUUAUUUAUUCUCAGCUACUAUGACUAAUAAAAUUGAAAAAUUACAAAGAGCUUCCUUACAAAAUCCAGUUAGAGUAGCUGUUUCAACCAAAUAUCAAACUGCAGAUAAUUUAAUUCAAUCAAUGAUGUUAGUAAGUGAUGGUUAUAAAAAUACUUAUCUUAUUCAUUUAUUAAAUGAACUUUCGGGAAAAUCAGUUAUAAUCUUUACUAGAACUUGUGCUCAUAGUCAAAGAACUGCAUUAUUAGCUAGAAUUCUUGGAUUUUCAGCCGUUCCAUUACAUGGACAAUUAUCUCAAGGUCAAAGAUUAGGAGCUUUAAAUAAAUUUAAAUCAGGAGUGGCUAAUAUCUUAGUGGCUACUGAUGUGGCAGCUAGAGGGUUAGAUAUUCCUUCUGUUGAUGCUGUUAUAAAUUAUGAUAUUCCAACUGAUUCUAAAGCUUAUAUUCAUAGAGUUGGUAGAACUGCUAGAGCUGGUAGAUCAGGUAAAUCAAUUUCAUUGGUCACUCAAUAUGAUUUAGAAAUGUAUUUAAGAAUUGAAAGUGUGUUGGGUAAGAAAUUACCUAAAGAUCCAUCUCCAGAAAGAGAAGUUUUACAAGCCUUACAUCAUCAUGUUGAUAAAGCUGCUGCUGAAGCUAUCAGACAAACCAAAGACUUUCAUGAAAAGAGAACAAGAAGGAAUAAAGGUGGUGAUGAUAGAGAUCGUGAAGAACGUUGAUCGUAUCAUAUGAUUUUGUCGGUUUGUUUGUAUUUUCUUUAUGGGGUUAUUUAGAGAGUUUUUUAAAAAUAGGUUUA